AUGGCGGCGGCGGCGGCGGCGGCAGGGCCGGUGUUCUGGAGGCGGCUUCUGGGCCUCCUGCCGGGCCGACCCGGGCUGGCCGCGCUCCUGGGGCGCCUGUCCGACCGCCUGGGCAGGAACCGGGACCGCCGGCGCAGGAGGUCGCCAUGGCUGCUGCUGGCUCCCUUGCUGUCCCCCGUGGUUCCCCAGGUCACCUCUCCGCCCUGCUGCCUGUGUCUGGAGGGCGUGCACCGGUUCCAGUGGAUCCGAAACCUGGUCCCCGAGUUUGGCGUCUCCAGCUCUCACGUCAAGGUGCUUUCUUCCCCGGCAGAGUUUUUUGAGCUCAUGAAGGGGCAGAUAAAGGCAGCCAAGCGGCGAGUGGUGAUGGCGUCCCUGUACUUGGGGACAGGCCCUUUGGAACAGGAGCUGGUGGACUGCCUGGAAAGCACUCUGGAAAAGUCACUCCAAGCAAAUUUCCCUUCAGAGCUCAAGGUCUCCAUUCUCUUAGACUUCAUGCGGGGGUCAAGAGGCAGGAGGAACUCCCGGACCAUGCUGCUGCCGCUGCUGCAGAGGUUCCCCGCGCAGGUGCGCGUCUCGCUCUUCCACACCCCGAAGCUGCGUGGCCUGCUCCGGCUGCUCAUCCCGGAGCGCUUCAACGAGACCAUCGGGCUGCAGCACAUCAAGGUCUACCUCUUUGACAACAACGUGAUCCUGAGCGGUGCAAACCUGAGUGACUCCUACUUCACCAACCGCCAGGACCGCUACGUGUUCCUGCAGGACUGCCCGGAGAUUGCCGACUUCUUCACAGAGCUGGUGGAUGCUGUGGGGGACGUGUCCCUGCAGUUGCAGGGGGACAAUACGGUGCAGGUGGUGGAAGGCAUGGUGCACCCUUACAAAGGUGACCAGGCUGCGUAUUGCGAGGCCGCCAACAAGAGGGUCAUGGAUGUGAUCAACUCUGCGCGGACCCACCAGCAGAUGCUGCACGUCCAGACCUUCCACAAUGACUCCCUCCUGCCAGGGCAGGAUGCCGCCACCGCCGGUGACCGGAGGCCAGUCCCUGACACCUGGAUUUACCCACUGAUCCAGAUGAAGCCCUUUGAGAUCCAGCUUGAUGAGAUUGUCACCGAGACCCUGCUGACUGAGGCCGAGCGAGGUGCCAGGAUCUAUCUCACCACGGGCUACUUUAACCUGACGCAGGCCUACAUGGACCUGGUCCUGGGCACGCGGGCUGAGUACCGGAUCCUGCUGGCCUCGCCUGAGGUGAACGGCUUCUUUGGGGCCAAGGGCGUGGCUGGUGCCAUCCCGGCGGCCUACGUCCACAUCGAGAGGCAGUUCUACAGCAAGAUGUGCAGCCUGGGACAGCAGGAGCGUGUCCAGCUUCAGGAGUACUGGCGGAGGGGCUGGACGUUUCAUGCCAAAGGCCUCUGGCUGUACCUGGCGGGGACCAGCCUGCCCUGCCUCACGCUGAUUGGCUCUCCUAAUUUUGGGUACAGGUCAGUUCACCGGGACCUGGAGGCCCAGAUCGCCAUUGUGACGGAGAAUCAGGCCCUGCAGCAGCAGCUCCACCAGGAGCAAGAGCAGCUCUACCUGAGCUCAGGGCUGGUGUCCUCGGCCACCUUUGAGCAGCCGGGUCGGCAGGUGAAGCUGUGGGUGAAGAUGGUGACCCCGCUGAUUAAGAACUUCUUCUGA